UUCAGUUCUUUUAGAUAUAUCAUCAAGUGAACUCUUACAAGCAAGUGCAAUAUCAUCUUCACUAUUCUUCAAUUUAUUGAUUCAGAAUGAAGACAAUUGGAAAACAAAAUUGGUUUUACUUAAUAUCUACCACUACAUAUCUCAUGAUAUGCGUCGUUGCCGAAAAGCAAAAACGACAAAUAUUUAGAGAACAGGUGUUACCAGCAUUAGGAGGCAAAAUUCCAGAAGAAGCUUUUAGAACUGAUCGCUUAGCAUUGAAUCGGUUAAACAAAGAAGGCAUUACAGUGCCUGAUGGUGUGAUUUUAGAUGCUCGAAAUGUACAUAAACAUACUCAACAUAUUCAAACAAUGCCAGAAAUAAUAAAGGUAUACCUAACUCCAGAUGGACGAUAUAUUCCACCAGAGGGUAGAUUUCAUUACAAUCAUGCAAAAACAAUUGACACAACUUAUGUUAUUCGUACUCCAUAUUCACGAUAUAAUAAUCGUGAGAAUUCAAAUUUUAAUUAUUUUAACAAUCAUCGAGAUUUUUCAAAAUCACAAACUUAUACGAAUUUUAAACAACUUGUACCCAUAAUACAACCUUCAGAAGCUGAAAUUUACAAACCUAUCAUAACACCUUUAGUACUUUCUAAUAACGCAGGCUUAUUAGAAGAAUCUUAUGUACCCACUUGGAAUAUUCACUACAAUUGGAAUUCUAUCUAUCAACCAUUCGAUGAUUAUAUUAUCAAUAAUAUAGCAUUUUUUAAUUCUCAUCAGAUUAUUACUGAUUAUCAAGGAUUUUUAAAUAAGUUUCAUGAACGAUUUUCAAGAUAUAUAGAAUCUCAUUUUAUAAGAAGGAAUCAAAAUUUUUCUCCUCAAUUUUGGAAAUCAAAUAUGAAAAAUAUUGAAUUAAAUACCAAAGUAAUAUCAUAUCAGAACAUUAAAAUGAAUACUGACGAUACAAUUUUCCGCUAUCCAAAUCUUACCAAAAUUCCAGAAACUGAUUUCACUUGUGAUGGUAGGAAAGGCAUGUUUGCUGAUAUUGAAACUAAUUGUCAAGUUUUUCACAAUUGUUCUGGUUGGUCUAAAACUUCGUCGCUUUGUCCUUCAGGUACAGCAUUCAGUAAUGCGAAAAAGCGUUGUGAAUGGUGGUAUACAGUACAGUGUAAAUAA